AUAAACAAUAUUUUAUAAAUAUAUAGGACAUAUAGUGCAGUGCUACAUAUUAAAUUGUGGUUGUGAAGUGUGGCUUAAGAUAAUAGGCAGAUUCAAUCAGUUAUAUUUAUAAAGUGAGACUAGAGACAUUUGGCUCGUUUUGUGGAGGUUGUGUUCUCGGUUGUGGCGCCGGCGCUGUGGAGGGGUCGCAGCGUGAACGUAUGUGCGAUGCGAUGCGUGACAAACUGGCAUCACUGCUACGUAGCUCGGUCAGUGCGAAGGCAUAUACAGAAAAUACGGACAAGUUGCACAAUGGAACUAUUGGACCAGUAUUGCUCUUCUCAGAUCAAGGGAGUGCACGCGAAGGCGGAUUGGUGUGGCGCGGGUGUACCGCCGACUGCGACGCCGAAGACGGCGCGGCGGGAGCGCUCGCCGACGGCAACGCCAACCCAGGAGACAAGCUGGAGGGGUCGGACGCAGCUCCGGACGACCCUGUUCACCUCAAGAGACGGGUGGGACUCUUCAGUGGGGUGGCUCUAAUCGUUGGCACUAUGAUUGGUUCUGGAAUUUUCGUGUCGCCCUCUGGGCUUUUGGAGCGCACAGGCUCAGUUGGCAUAAGCUUCAUCAUUUGGAUGGCGUGUGGCCUACUCUCCCUGCUCGGAGCGCUCGCAUACGCGGAGCUAGGAACGAUGAAUACGUCGUCAGGUGCCGAGUACGCGUAUUUCAUGGACGCUUUCGGAGGACCUCCUGCAUUUCUAUUCUCAUGGGUUUCGACAUUAGUGCUCAAACCGUCUCAAAUGGCUAUCAUCUGCCUGAGUUUUGCUAAAUACGCUGUAGAGCCGUUCGUAUCUGAAUGUGAGCCACCAGAUGCUCUUGUCAAACUUGUGGCCGUCAUCUCUAUUGUAAUGAUUCUGGCGGUCAACUGCUAUAGUGUGAAUUUAGCGACCAAAGUUCAAAAUAUCUUCACUGCGGCAAAACUGGUAGCGAUUGCAAUAAUCGUUUGCGGUGGAGCGUACAAACUGAUGUUAGGUAAUACGCGACAUUUACAGGAGCCCAACUUCGCCAGUAGUACGGCGACUCUGGGCAACAUCGCCACGGCCUUCUACACGGGCCUGUGGGCCUACGACGGCUGGAAUAACCUUAACUAUGUCACUGAGGAAAUUAAAAAUCCAUCCAAGAACCUUCCUCUGAGCAUAAUAAUCGGCAUCCCGCUGGUGACGCUGUGUUAUGCGUUGGUCAACGUGUCGUAUUUGGCCGUAAUGUCGGUGAGUGAGAUGGCCGACAGUGAAGCUGUGGCCGUCACUUUCGGCAAUCGGCUGCUUGGUCCACUCGCCUGGCUAAUGCCGCUCGCCGUCACCAUAUCUACCUUCGGAUCAGCAAAUGGCACCCUGUUUGUUGCGGGCAGAUUGUGUUUUGCGGCAUCACGUGAGGGCCAUUUGCUCGAUAUACUAUCGUACGUCCACGUGCGACGUUUCACUCCAGCGCCGGGACUGAUAUUCCACUCUCUGAUCGCGGUCGCGAUGGUACUGUACGGGACGAUAGACUCGCUGAUCGACUUCUUCUCGUUCAGCGCGUGGAUAUUCUACGGCGGCGCCAUGCUCGCCCUGAUAGUCAUGCGCCGCACUAAGCCUCACGCACCCAGGCCUUAUAAGGUGCCGAUAUUAAUCCCGUACAUAGUGCUGAUAGUGUCCGCUUACCUCGUGGUCGCACCGAUCAUAGACAAGCCCCAAUGGGAGUACUUGUACGCAGGCGGGUUCAUACUGGGCGGCCUGCUGGUCUACUUACCGUUUGUCAAGUGGGGAUAUUCGCUGCCGUUUAUGGACAAAAUAACAGUGUUUCUGCAAAUGGUACUGGAAGUGGUUCCAACAUCAACAACCUUCGAAUACUAGCAGUCUGCGCUGGACUAUAAACAGCACUCGUUUUAAUUCUCAUAUAAUUUCUUAUAUCUUGUCAUUUUGUCGAGAUAACUUACGAAUUCGGCCUUUAUGACUUUAUGUCGAGAGUUGUGCUGUAUAUAAGAACAAUGAGCAAUUCAAUUUUCAAGGAAUUUACAAUUAUUUAUGAUAAGUUUGACCGUUUAAACGUAUUAUAAAGUUAAUUAUUUUUUGACUGAUAUAACAGGUUUCUUAUUGUACCCUAAAAUUUAAUAUCUACAAAAUAUAUUAUAUCAUCAAAAUUAUUAAUAACGUGAAUGUUAUCGCUGUUUUUGUAUUAUUUUUAUUUAAAAGAUUUUUUCAUAUAGCAAUAAUAUCUUUAAUCAAUUUUUACUUUUGUUUACGUGGUAAUUUGACUUCCUAUAUCUAUUAGUUCUCGUUUUUCUGUUGUAAGGCCAUUCGGCUUUUUUGUAGUUAAGACGUACAUUUUUCAUUUCAUUAGUUUGCACGAAUCAUUCCUAUAUGGGCAUUUGCAAUGAGAUUUCGCCAAGACGUUGUUACGAGUACAAAUAUUUAAAGAGGAACUGACGCGCUUAUAUUGAUUAGUGUUAAAAUUAUGUUCCAAAGAAAAGAAAUGUUUUAAAAGACAAAAGAUAAAAUAAUGUGAGCGGUUUUUGUAAUUGGUUUCUAAGAAAUUUAGUUUGUUAUAAAUUAUAUGAGAUAUUUACUAAUAUUAUUGUUUAAGCGUGCGUUGGUACUUAUUGUUUGGUGUCGUUUGGUAUAUCGAUAAUAAUAAUUACACGAUGAUGAUAAAUUCUACCUGGCUGCCAAAGAUAUAAUAAAAUAUGGUAAAAAAAAGAUUUAUUUUUCGCAUCGAUAAGAAAUUAUGUCCAACAUAAUUUAACACGUUUACAGUUGGUAAAGGAAAUGACGUUUAAAGUUUUUUGAAGGUGUGGCAAAUCUCGAGGCUCAAAGCCCUCUCGCGUCACUAUGAGUGAUUGUGCUAAACUCAUAGUCUACAGUUGUUCAUCUCAUUCGUAGAUAAUCUUAGUUCUAUUAGAGUAAUCAAAGUCGUCUUUACUUACAUUUAUUGUUAUCAUUUGCAAUAUUUUUACAAGGGAUAGGUAGCGAAAUUUAAUAUUUUUACAUAUUAAUAUUUUUAUCUGUUUUCGUAAGAAAUGUAUUAAAUUGAUAUUUCGAGAAAUAUAGGUAAGUAUAUGAAAAGAAAAAAAUUAAUUUUAGGACGCAUUUUUUAAAAGAGAAAUAUCAAAAAUAUGAUAAAGAACUUGCAGAUUUAUAUGUCAUAGUAAGUUUUACUUACAUUAAAUAAUUAAUUUACGCAAAAUUUAAUAAUAUUCUAAAUUUUUUUUUGAGAAUUUAAAAACUUAUUAACUUUAUAGAAUGAGUAUUAUAUAUAAAGCCAUCGUUACACUAUCCCACAUUAAAGACUAAAGCGUGGUUUUAAGCUGAUAUUUCCGCGUUUUCCAGCUGACAUUUUGCGACCGGUAAAAAUUGGUCUCAUCAUUCCUUACCGGGGCAAAAUAAGCUAUCGCCGUUAUUGUUUUUUUUAAAGUUAUAUUUAUAUUUUUGAUAUGUUGCAAUUCAAAGAAAUGGAUAAUUAUAAAUUUUUUUGUUAACACAAGUCGUCGUUUCUUCAGGGUGUCUGUUUUUUGUGACGGUGUACGCGCGCAUCGUAACAAAUUUACUCUCAUCAUUUUUCUCUAGCGCGCCAAAAGAAGUAUAACUUCAAAAAGUAGUGUUUAAGCCCAUUAGAUAGCGCAUGUUGCUUGAAAUCCCAUAAAUUGCCCCAUUGUAAACGAUCUAAUUGUGUAGAGUAUCUACAUAUAUCAAUUAUCUCCUAUUUAUUAUCUGUAACUUGUAAGAUGUCGGGCACACAAGUAAACAGCUAGGGAUGUGAUAUUGUUAUGGGUAAAACUGAUGGUUUUAUUUUUUGUGUACAGAUAAAAUAUCAAAUACCUAUACAUACAUAAAAUGACCUAUGUACUCUUAAUAAAGGACAGAUUUAUUUAUUGUUAUACACCACCAUUGAAUUAAAUGAAAUUUUAAAUAAAGACAAGGGUAAAUCGUA